AAACAGAGCAGAGAGAGACAGAGAGACAGAGAGAGAGAUAUACACAGAGACAGAGCAGAGAGAGAGAGAGGAUCAUGGCUGACAUCCCUCAAUCAUUUUUGGGAUUGCUUGUGACCGUUUUGUACCUGCUAACAGGUGUCAGUGGAGAAAUUCUCUCUAUGUUCUCCAGAGUGGGAGAUGAUGUCAGUCUGCCGUGUAACAAUGUGGUUUAUCCAAACUGCUCCUCUACUACAUGGAUCUAUGACAGAGAUGGAUCUACUGGUGCUAUUGAAGCGGUCACAUUGGGGAAGAUCAAAGCUGACCAGACAGAGAGAGCAGACAGACUGAGUGUGGGGUCUAACUGUUCUCUACAUGUUAGUGAUGUCAGAGCUGAGGAUGUUGGACUCUACACCUGUCGACAGUUCCUUACAGAGACAGGACCACAACAUGGAGGUGAUGCUCCUGUUCAUCUGUCUGUUCUAACUAUCACCUCUACCACAGCAGUGACAGAUCUGAAGCCUAAUGUAAAUAUGACAUUACACUGUUCUCUGCUCUCCUGUAAGCAACUUGGAACGUACCAGUCAAGAUUUAGUCUCAGCUGGGUCCCUAAAACAGGUACUAAUGCCCAGGACACACAGGAUUCUUCCUGUGACAUCACUCUGACUGUGACACUCCAGAAGAAGGACAACAACAGGAAGUGGACGUGCACGCUGACUGAAAAGGGAGACGUGAAGAUCUCCAUUGACUUCACCUCCACGUUCUCAGAUAUGGCUGAAAAGACCACUGAUAGUGAUGUCAUCUCUACCGUCCCAGGAAGUACAGCCUCUACUACAAGACCAGCCUUGUCACCCACCUCCCCAUCUUCUGCUGGCUCUCAGAACCUCUUCCUCGUGGUGACUGUAGGAGUGGCUUUGGCAGCAGCGGUGUGUGUCACUGCUGUUGUCAUCAUAGUACGCAGGAGGAGAGACAAGAAUCAAGUGCCAACUGAUAACAGCAUUGGUCUGAAGGCAGUAAACCACUCCACACCACCAACCAAUGAGGACAAGAGUCAACCUGCUGACAGAAUCACCUAUGCCUCCAUUGACCACUUCAAUCAAAAUCCCCCUGAGAGAGUUGAUGCCCAAGGUGAAGAUGCAGUGAUGUAUGCCUCAGUUAUGCCCUAUUCUGGCAGAGGGAGAGAGACAGAGAACCCUGCUGACCCCAGCUCCCUCUACUCCACUGUCAAGUAACCUCAGGGAGCCAAGACAUCAAUAUAUAUAUAUAUAUAAAGACAUCAACAUGAAGACUACACUCUCUCAUUCACACCCUGAUUCCAGACCUGAUUUGGUUCUAGGAAUAUAUAUAUUUUUGCUAUUAAUUAAAAGUGACAAUCUGCACUAGUUACAUCCAUUUCUGGACAUAUUAAUUAAUGAUAUGCACCCACUGACUCUAGAAAAAUAAAAUGUAGAAAUGCCUCAUGAGUUUAGUUAAACUGUCAUAACCCAUCAGAACCCAAAAUAUAUGCUUGUUUUACUCCAAUGUUUGUAAACAAAUGAAAUGUAAACAAACACAAUGUAUAGCCUCAAAACAUGGUUUAAACUAUAAUGUUGAUAUCAUGGAUGGCCAGUCCUUGCAUCUAUAGCUCUGUCUAUGAGAGUGGUUCUCCAGCCCCGUCCCUCAGCUUUUCAGCAAAACAAUGGUGGAGAGUGUGAUUGCUUAAUGUUUCAACUGCUGAUUGCCUCUUUAAGAUGUGUAUAUUAGAUUGAUAUAGACCAAUGAGUUGGGAGACAGGAAAAGUGGAAGAGUUUGAGAGUCAGAAGGGCAUGCUUCAGAUUCAAAUUCAUGCUGACUCUGAUAGCCUAGGCUAUACAGUAAUAUACUGCAUGUGAACAUAUAAAAUAUUACUGCCCAAUGUUACACACUACUAUCCAGUGUGUACAACUUCUACAAGACCAGAGUGUGGCUACUUUGCAAGAAUCUCAAAUGUAAAAUAUUGUUUUGUUUACUACAUGAUUCCAUAUGUGGUAUUUUAUAGUUUUGAUGUCUUCACUAUUAUUCUACAAUGUAGAAAAUAUUCAAAAUAAGGAAAAACCCUUGAAUGAGUGUCAGGACCCGGUUACGAACCUGGGUCUCCGGAGUGAGAAACAGUCACUUAACCAACUGAGCCACGAAUAGUCAGCAGAACCCAGAAGAUGAGGCAGACACAGCAGUACUUAAGACGGUGUAUUUAAUAAAGUAAAAAGGAGAAGUCCUUCAAUACAAAAAUGGUAAAUCCAAAAGGUGGUAGGAAUAGCACAAAAAGCCUUAAGAGAUACUCAAAAACAAAAACAGAAUUCCACAAGAGCAUCCACCGGAAUCGACAGGAAUACACAGAACACUAGGGCUGGGUGCUAACAUACAAACACAGAGCACAGAACUGAGGGAAACUAAGGGUUUAAAUACAAUCAGGGGAAAAACGAGGCACAGGUGCAAAUAAUAAUGGGGAACAAGGGAAAAAACAUAAGGUCAAAAAGCACAAUGGGGGCAUCUAGUGACCAAAACCCGGAACAACCCUGGCCAAAUCCUGACAAUGAGAAGGUGUCUCCAAACUUCUGACUGGUAUUGUAUGUGAAUGAGUUUGCUAAAAUAUCUAAAAAUAGGUUUUCAUUAUGAGGUAUUGUGAGAAUAAUUUGUUGUUUUUAAUCCAUUUCUAAUUCAGGCUGUAAAAAAACAAAAUGUGGAAAAGGUCAA